AUGGCGCCCAGCCGCGAUGACCCGUUCGCUGUCUCAAUGGCUGCGGGCAGGACGAAGUCAAAGAACAAGCCCCCUACUGCGACUUAUCUCGAGACGAUGGUUCGGGCUUGGGAAAACGCCUUGGACCGACGCUUGCUCGACCCAGACCAUCCCAUCUGGCGUGGCGUAAUCGAUCCAAGCUUCACAGUGAUACCGACGCAUCCUUAUGAUCCGAUUCCACUGGACUUCCGCCAAUUCAUGGGUCAUCUGAAAAACAUGAUCGCGUCUACCGAGGACUCGUACCGACUCAAAAUCCUCGACAUGGAUACGGAUGUCAACGAGGAAGCCGGAACGGCUACGGUCUUCAUGAAUCUAGAAGUUAGUGGGCUGCCUCUGGGAGUGACGAAGCCGAGUGUCGCUGUCUUCAGGUUUCGAAGGGGUCGGGACGGGAAUUGGAAGGUCACAACUUAUGAGGCCGCUGAGGGCAUUGAAACCACGGCGAGUUCGGCGCCGACUUGA